AUGACUUCGAUAGGUACAGGUUACGAUCUCUCGAAUUCCGUCUUUUCCCCUGAUGGACGAAACUUUCAAGUCGAAUAUGCAGUAAAGGCAGUUGAAAAUGGUGGAACCUCUGUUGGAAUCAAAUGUAAAGAUGGUGUUGUGCUUGCAGUUGAGAAAGUCAUUACCAGCAAGCUCCUAAAGGCGGGAGCCAACAAACGUAUUGCGACAAUCGAUAGACAUAUGGGUGCUGUAUCUUCGGGAUUAGUACCAGAUGGUAGACAUUUCGUUUCCCGUGCCCGCGAUGAAGCUGCAAGCUGGCGUAACGUUUACAAAACUCCAAUUACAACCGCAGAUUUGGCUAGUCGAAUGGGUGGAUAUCUUCAAGCAUAUACUCUAUAUUCAUCCGUACGACCAUUCGGUAUAACUGCAAUCGUCGCAGGCUACGAUUCCGAACAAGAAUUGCCAGUUGAUGGACAAGUAGGAAGUGGACCAAUCAUUGGUUCCGGAGGAAAGGUUGAGGGCAAGAAAUAUGGAGGACCAGGUCUUUACAUGAUUGAACCAAGUGGAUUAUACUGGGGUUACUAUGGAGCUGCUACCGGUAAAGGACGUCAAGUCGCAAAGGCCGAAUUGGAGAAGUUGGAUCUUGCAGCUGGCAAUUUGAGUUUAUUAGAUGGUGUUAAGGAGGCUGCACGAAUUAUCUAUGUUGCACAUGAUGACAACAAGGAUAAGGAAUUUGAGCUUGAGAUGACUUGGAUUAGUAACCUUGAUGGGCCAACAAAGGGAAGACAUGAGGAAGUACCCAAGGAUAUCCUUGAGGAAGCUGAAAAAUUAGCGAAGAAGGCUUUGGAGGGUGACGAUGAUGAGGAAGAAGAGAAGCCGGCUGAGACGGCGGCUGAAGGAGAUAAGAUGGAGGAAUAG